CGAGGCGACGGGCAUGGCUCCGCCAGUGACGGACAGGAUCCCGCUGACUGCUUCCUCGCUGGGCCCGACGGCUGCCUGGCUGGGCAACCGCUCCGCUCACGGUAAUGGGGAGUUUCUCCAGGUUUGGUCAAGCUAUGGCUUACAGACAACUACUUUGACAACUAAAACUGAUGGCAAUGAUGGCAAGGCUGAACACCUAGAGUAUAUUGCCUUUGCAUUGGUUCCCGUUUUCUUCAUCAUGGGUCUAUUGGGGAUCCUCAUCUGUCAUGUCCUUAAGAAAAAAGGAUAUCGUUGUACAACAGAGGCUGAACAAGUAGAAGAAGAAAAACUUGAUGAAAAAAUAGAAAUGAAUGAAACUAUAAAUGAGAAUAGCGACACUGUGGGACAAAUUGUUAACUACAUUAUGAAAAAUGAAGCAAAUGCUGAUGUGUUAAAGGCCAUGGUAGCAGAUAGCAGUGUCUUUGAACCUGAAAGCCCUGUAUCUCCUACCUCUCCUGGGAGUCCAACAAGUCCAGGGUCUCCUUUGUCACCUGGUGUUGUUCCGUUUAAACACAGCUGCAAAGGCCAUCACUUCCAUACUGUUGGAGGGGUAGUAGAAAAGGAUGUUUGUACUCGUUGUAGCCACAAACGAUGGCACCUUAUAAAGCCAGCUCACAAAUCUAAAGAGCACAGAAGAAGUCGUCUUGGAGAAGUUACAGUCCUUUCUGUGGGAAGAUUUAGAGUCACAAAAGUGGAGCACAAAUCAAAUUCCAAAGAACGGAAAAGCUUGAUGUCUGUUACUGGUGUGGAGAGUGUCAAUGGCGAUAUGCCUGCCAUGCCUGCGAAACAGGAAGCGAGUGAAGCACCUGCCACGCCUGUGAAACAGGAGGAGAGGAGAAGCUCAGAGUAAACUGCAGGUGGAACUUUUAGAAGAAGCUUGUCUGCUAGCACUUUGGAGAAAACUGAAAACUCCCAAGAGAUGCAUACUAUUUAAGGAAAUGUAUUUAUGGCACUGUAGCAUUUUACAAGUUCUGUGAUGGCAUCCAUGCAAGGUUAAACACUUAAUGGUUUUUCACCAGUAAAAUCUGUAAGAUUUAGACACUUAAAUACUCUUGAGCUGUGUGGACGUCAUACCAAAUGUUGGGCUUCAUCUUGGAAAGAAAAAAUACAUAUAAGUUUUUGGACAGGAAAGGUAAAAGCCUUAUCAAAUAAUCUUAAUGUUGUUGUACUUAAGCAUUUUUAAUGAGCUAAAUAUUAUGAGUAAUAUGAUUACCCUGUGGAUAAACUGUGUUCAGCCCUCUGGUGCAUCUGGAUUUUUCUCCUCUGUUCUUCCCCUCCAGAAUUGACAAGUGUUUGCUGAAGAUAAAAGCAAGCCUUUGGAAGAUGAAAAUAUUUUUUUAAUCUAACUGCUAGUAGCUGAGCAAAACAUACAAGGAAAUAAUUAUGUCAGCCAAAAUCUGCAUGUGUGCCUUUAGUACCUAAGUCCUCGGAUUCUGUGAAGGGCACUUCACAGGACAGAGUGGUUCAGCUAUAUGCAGAUGUUAAAUUAAAUUGUUGUCUUCCCCACCUUACCUCCCCCUUACUACUUAACAUAGGCUGAAGAGCAUCUUUUUCUAUGCAGUUGGGUGAGCUCUUGGGAAGGUUACUUUCCUCAACACCACUUGUUCUCCCAUUUUCUUGUAACUACUCACUCGUGUUUGAAGAAUGCCUAAUAGUUUUGCCUUUCUCUUUUGUUUUUACCCACAGGUUCCUUUUUAAGCUAAGGCAACAUGUUUCAACCAUUAGAUAAGGAUAUGGAAUAUUUGGCAUUAAAAAUUUAUGGAGUAUAUACUAAAGUACUUCAGAGUGGCUUUAUUGGACUGAGGGUAGCUAUUUUCAUUGGCACCAAAAUCUUAAGUCAGUGUCACUCCUUUCAUAUUUUAAGUGUGACUUACUGCUAAAAAUACCAGUGAUGGUUUUGUGGUGUUAAUUCUUUGUGUCUACUUAUCAUGAUCUCUGCUUGUCCUGUUACUUGUUUUUGGGAGGGGAUCUUUGCAAUACUUCAGCAAACUUUGCUGUGUAACAGAAACUGAAAAGUAACAUUUGUUCUGAGUGCCUAAGAAUAUAAGCUCUAAUGUAAUGCAUUUUAGUAGAGAUUGCACUAUAUUCUGAGAACUAUAAAGUAACUUAAUCUGCUUUAUGAACUCAAUGAAAAUCAGUGUUUGUUUUGGAAUUGAUUUGUUUUAAAUUAAUACUUUCAAUCCUUUUAGUCCAAGUGCUCUAAACUGUUUCUCCUUCAUUCUCCUUCAGAUCUGAGAAUCAGGUUUCUUGAGUUUAUGGAGUGUUAACAAUCAAUGUGUACAAAAAUUAGUCUUCUUGCUUAUGUACUAGAUACUCCCACAUCAUGUCAGGAAACAUCUAGUUUAUUUCACUCUUGCUGAAAGUAUGCGCUGCUGAUGGUCUUCCUUCUACUUGCAUCCACGAGAUACUGACUGGACCUAUCAGUAUAUACUUUUCACUGAUGCUAUAUUUGCCAAAGAAACCCCCCCACAACCCACCAAAGCUCUGAAAAGAAUAAAUGGUUUAUUAUUCCUUUUAAAAUGGAUAUUUUUAGAUAUAAUUGUCCAUCCUUGAGAACCCAAAAUAACUGUUUGGCCAGCACUGGAAUUUGAGUGUUUGGCGUCCCUGCUCCCAUUAAUUUAAACCUGGCUUAUGAAAUCUCUUCAAUACUUAAAUAUAACAUAAACACCAAGCUCACCUUACAGGCAUACAUUUAAUAUUCUUGAAUUUUUUUCUUCUUCAAGCUUCACUUGAUUAUUUGUAUGAAGAGCUAAUGUUUCUAGAAGAAUUUAAUUAGUUAGCUUUCAGUUUCCAAGAGAUUGAGAGCUAUGAGUAUAAAAUGUUACUGGAAAAAGGGAGUAUUGGGCAAAACCAAGCAGUUUCAAAUAAUUUUCAGAAAGGAGAUACAGUUAUAGACUGUCCCAAAAGCUUUUUUAAAAAAAAAAAAAGGGGGGGUAUUUUGAUAAUAUUGUGUUUUGAUACAUGAUGAGUUAGUACUGUGAGUAAAUUUGCCAAAAGGACGGAAGAAAGUUUAAAGAGAAAUAUGUAUUUUUUUACUUAACUUAAAAGUAGUUUCUAUUUUGAUUCCAUUGGAAAUAUGUAGAAUAAAAGAAAUGAAAAUGUGUUAGAUACAUAAAACAUUGUUUACCUGUGUAAAAUACUUACAUAAGGCAUUAUAAGACCUGAUAUGUGCAAGAAUUUAAUUUGUGCAUUGCUACUUCAAUAAGAGGAUUUAGAAACUGUGUUUCAUUGCAUUUAACACUACACUCUGCUAUUUUGUAGGGGUAUGGACAUUGCCAUAUUAGUCUGCCUUUCUUAAAUUUGCAUAUCAGAUGUAUUUUUAACAAAAUAGUUUAUAUACAACUUUUGUACUACCAAGCAGUAAAUAAAAAAUAUUGAUU